UAAACUGUGGACGUGUUUUAUAUACCGUUAAUUGUUCUGUUUAUUGUACACUUUUGUUUGAUUACGUCACAGUUCAGUGACGUCGCUGCGAUGGCCUACGAGCUUUGUAGAGUGACAAUCAUAAUGGCGGUUAUAGUUUGUAUUCCAGCAACAAUAACCCGAGCGAUAGAUGUGAACGUCACGGGCGAAUGGAGACCCGAGCGAGGCUGGGAAGUGACUUGCUCCUGGGAAACUCUAGCAAAUGACACGCUGCAAUCUGUGCGCCUGUACAACAAUGGGCAACAGUUCAUGAUCUACAGGCCUGAGAAACACGGCCGAGGUCGCACCGAUGUUUUCCACAGCUCCGACAAGGUGAUGAUCGUUAACUGCACCAUCAUAACCUACAGAGGGCAGGAAGGUCGAUGUGUGCUACUGCUGGAACCCUACCAACCUCCUGUGGGAAACUAUAAUUAUACUUGCGAAGUUUCCGGCGAGAGACCUAUGUUUAGGAUGGGAAAGAAGGACUACGUGAUCCGUGUGCUCGUUCCACCAUCAGAUGCAACUAUAUUAAGCAAAAAGGAGGAAUCGUCUCAAAUCCGCGUGAUGAUGAACUGUUCUUCCACUGGUCUGCCGGCUCCCAAUCUUUCGUGGACCGUUGGAAAUGACAAGGUUCAAGCUGACUUCUCCGGUCGCGUUUGGAGUCCAACAUCAAAACUUUGGCACGUCUGGUCCUACCUCUCGUACACAAAAAACGACGACUCCAAAGUGCUUUGCAGUCCCGAGGUUACUUCUGAGAAUGAAAUUAUUAGAGGAAAACCGGCUGAGUACAACUCUGCUAGUGGAUUAAUUGGAACAGCAACGUUAGUCGCGAUAAUUUUAGUUCUUAGUCUACUGAGCUGAUAUAGCUGGAUAUUUACCAAAGUACGUUUAUUAAAAAGAAUUCAAGUUGGACGUUUACUUAAAUGAAACUAAGACUUUUGAUAAUGUAUCGUUUAUUAUUUCUGUAGAGUAUAUUUGUUGACUUAUGGCAUGUAUCAAGAUGGUGGUACACUGGAACGAUUAUCAUUAUUUAGGCAAUUUUUCGGCCUUUUUGCUCACUAUAAAUAAAUAAAUAAAUAUAUUACGACAAGUAGACACAUCGCCAUCUAGCCCCAAAGAGUAGUUUGUGUUAUGGGUACUAAGAUAACUGAUAAGUAUUUUUAAUAAUAUACACACGUACUUAUAAUAUAAAGAUAACAAACACCCAGAUACUGAAAAAGAUUCACGUUCAUCACACAAACAUUUUCAGGCCAUCAAAUUAUGUAUUACAACUUCAAAUUUGUGUUACGUAAUAUUUGAACAUUUUAAGGAUAGCCGUUAUAUUCCGGCCUUUUGUCAGCUGGUCAUAUAAAACGAUAGUUGAUAUAAAUAACCCUGUAACAGCGCUAUAUGAAUUUGGCAGA